CUGAAAUACGACAUUGACUUGACAACUGGUGCCAAUUUUUAUUAUCGCGGAUCGAAGGUGAGUUACAAAUCGAUUUUUCGAAAUCAUUGCCUUUGGAUAUAUAUGAUAACAAUAAUUAAUGUUUAUACAAAUUUUUGUGUAGUCGAUCAUUCGGUAUUUCGUUUCUUUUUUCAUUUUAAUUUUUCUUCUUCUUUAGAACGCUUGUGACAAGAGUCCUUACUGCAAAAAUAACGCAACUUGCCAGUCUGGAUUUACACUCAAGGGAUAUCGAUGUUUCUGUCCUUCUGGAUUCGAAGGAGAAUAUUGUGAAAAGGGUAUGAGUCAACACUUGAAAUGAACAUAUAUGAGAUUUUUUUCUGAUUUUCAUGCUGGUAUGACAACUGUUCUUUAGUUGCUGAAAGUGGCGUGAAUUUCUCUCAUUGUAUAACGUGCUGAAACUUAGAAUCUAAGAAAAAUUUCUUACUAUAUUUUAUUGAGCGUGUAUAAUGUAUUCUUCUUUUGCUCGUUUGUAUAUUUUCAUUUUGUUUUGUUUUGGUUUGGCUGCUUAUUUGUUGUUUUUUGUUUUGUUUUCUGCCUUUGUUUUUGGUCUCGUUUUUUGUUUUAUUUUGUAUUUUUUUUAUUUACCUUGAAUGUUAGACGCCUUUCCAUGGCAAAAUAAGAGCGGUUUAUAUGUGUGUCGAAUGCUCAAUAUAGUAACUGCAAGGAGAGCUUAGAAAUGAUAGCUUAAUUGAAAGUUACCACCAGAGAACCAGUUAAAGCAGGAAGCUACAAAUAAAUUGAGGUUUUCGUGAAUUGCUGAGUUCCUAUGGCUCUAGAUAGAAACCAAAAUGCUUAUGCUUUAGUUGAUAUUUUAUUCAUGUAUUUUUUUUUGUCCUUCUCUCUCUUUAAUUUUACAACAGAUACUGAUAAAUGCGAAGCAUUCGUCGGCAAAUGCCACAAGGAGGCUACGUGUAAUAACACAAACGGAUUAUACGUGUGCACAUGCAAAGCCUUUAGAUUCUUGUUGAAUAGUGCAAUGAGAUUUUUUUUUUUGGUUGUUUGAUGAUGUUUAUCUUGCUAACUUGGCAAGCCACGUUUUAAUUGUUCAAAAUAGGUGAGACAGUUACCUCACUAAAAGUUAUUAAAAGAUAGGUUUCUGCAUAGACAACUUUUUUUUUCAUCAGGCACGACAAUCUCGCGUUCUCGAGUAAAAGGUUGAAAACAGCCAUGGCUUGCACUCUUAAACGAGGUAAUGGCUUAUACGCGGCAAUUUUGCAUAAUUUUGAAAUCCCAUUUUUUUUAUCUGUGAUUUCAUAGACAUUGACGAGUGUAAAGGAAAGCACUCUUGUCAUGAGAAUGCAAACUGCACCAACACCAUUGGAUCACAUGUGUGCGAUUGUCAGCCUGGAUAUACUGGAAGUGGACAAAAUUGCACAGGUGAAUUCGGAAUAGCAAGGAAAUACGGUCAUGGAUGAUUUAUUUGAGUUCGUUCUUUCUUUUGUUGUUUAUAUAGCGUGCUUUGUGCUCCCUUAGCAAAACCAGGGGAAGGUUAUAGCUUCUUCUUUAGAUAACACAGUAAAGGUUUAUGCACGGCAAUUUUUGCAUAAUUUUGAAAUCCCAUUUUUUCAUCUGUGAUUUCAUAGACAUUGACGAGUGUAAAGGAAAGCACUCUUGUCAUGAGAAUGAAAACUGCACCAACACCAGUGGAUCACCUGUAUGCGAUUGUCAGCCUGGAUAUACUGGAAAUGGCCAAAAUUGCAUAGGUGAAUUCGGAAUAGCAUGCGGUCAUGGAUGAUUUAUUAUAGUUCGUUCUUUUUAGUUGUUUAUAUAACGUGUUUUGUGCUCCCGUAGCAAAACAAGUGCAGUUUAUAGCGGUUGCUUAAGAUAGCCUCCACUGUACCAAUAUGAAAAAUAUUGAAAAAUAGCAGUUUGACUUACAGGUCCAACCCGAGAAUCGCAUUAAACCAAAAAUUGCAAACGAGUAUUCCACUUUUUUCAUAUACAUGCACAUGUAUGACUUUUGCAUAAAAAACAACUCACAUUUGUCAUUCUUUUCUCUUUCUUCUCUUUCUUCUUCUUCUUCUUCUUUUUUUUGACAUUCGUUGUAGCUUGAUUAUGACGAAAUGUGUAUGUUCUCUUUCAGACAUCGACGAAUGCGGUGAAGCUAAUGCCGUGAAAAUUAAUAACUGCCAUCCAAAUGCCUCUUGCACUAAUAUUCAGGGCUCAUACAGCUGUUCCUGUAAUCUUAAAUACAUCGGGAAUGGUAUAAACUGUGAAGGUACGUUUGGUAUCUGCCAUGCCAUUAAAUUAGUUAAGAUGGCUAUAGGUUAGACUCGAUCUGAAUCUUUCCUAUUCAGGUGGGCAUUAACGACCAUAUUGCUGCUUAGUUGUAUAUAAACUACGUUAGCUGCGCGUUAAUUCUGCCGAAAGCUGUCUUUGAUGCGUUAUUGAAGAAAGAGGAAACACAAAUUCAGAGACUGCUUUUCGUAGUUUAUAAAUUUUAUUUCCCAUAUUUAUUUACUUCACCUCUCUUUUUUUAAAGUAGUUGUCAUUUCUAAUAACCAAAGUCCUGUUGUAAUAAUUAUUCCAAUUUGUAGCCGAUCCAUGCUAUCAUUAUAAAAACCUGACUGAUGCCAACAGAAAUAUAAGUUACGUUACACCUUACGGUUCAGCGAUGUGUGACAACCAACUCUCUGAGGGAUGGUAUCGUCUUGUGGGAGCUGCAGGCACAAAAAUGCCAACAACCCGUGUGCCAGCAUUCAGAUGUGGUACAGACUGGUCAGGUUGGUUGGAUGGCUCUCAUCCUACAGUGGAAGAUGGUGAAGUUCAAAGGAAGGUCUGCUUUAGUGGUCGCGAUACUGGUUGCAGAUAUUCGAACAGGAUUUCUGUGAAAAACUGUGGAUCAUACUAUAUCUACAAACUUUUGAAGCUUUCAGGCUGUGUUGCACGUUACUGUGGUACAGGCAGAAGCUAA